AUGACUAACCUAUACAAACGCUUUCCUAACUGGGAGGUGCCCAGCUCUCAACCCUCAGCGGGACUGGGGGAGGGACGGGGGGGGGAGGAGGGGAGGGCAGCGCGAUUCCUACCCAGGGACAUAGACCCCAGCCUGUGUACCCAUCUCAUCUAUGCCUUUGCUGGCAUGGACAGUCACCAGCUUAGCUCUGUAGAGUGGAACAACAAACUUCUCUACCAGGAGCUGAAACAGCGUAAAGAAGAUGAACCCAAGCUGAAGACUCUGUUAGCUGUGGAGGGCUGGGACUUUGGUACCCAGAAGUUCAUAGAUAUGGUGGCCACAGCCAGCAACAGGCAGACCUUUGUCACCUCAGCAGAAGGUUUUGAUGGACUUGACCUUGACUGGGAGUACCCAGGAAGCAGGAGCCCCACAGUAGACAAAGAUAGAUUCACAGCCUUACAGCAAGGCUUGGCCACAGCUUUCCAGGAGGAAGCCCAGAGCUCAGGGAAGGAAUGACUCCUUCUGACUGCAGCAGUGCCCACUGGACAAGACCAUGUGGAUGCUGGCUAUGAGGUGGACAAGACUGCUCUACAGAUUGACCAGGCCCUCCUUCUCUAUCUGGAUGCCACUGUGCAGCUCUGGCUGCAGAAGGGGACACCUGCCAGCAAACUGGUCCUUGGGAUGCCCACCUACGGAGGCUCCUUCACCCUGGCCUCUUCAGCAGACAACAGAGUUGGGGCCCCAGCCACAGGGCCUGGUACUCCAGGUCCCUAUUCUAGGGAAGGAGGGAUACUGGCUUACUUUGAGGUCUGCUCCUGGAAGGGAGAACACAGAAUUAAGGAACAGAAGGUGUCCUAUGUCUUCCAAGACAGUCAAUAGGUGGGAUUUGAUGACAGGGAAAGCUUCGGAGCUAAGGUCAGCUAUAUGAAACAGAAGGGGCUGGGAGGGGCUAUGGUCUGGGCCUUGGACUUGGAUGAUUUCACUGGUUCCUUCUGCAAGCAGGGCCAGUACCCUCUCAUCCGGACCCUGCAGCAGGAGCUGAGUCUUCCAUACAUGCCUCCAAGAAGCCCUAAACAGGAAGCUCCUGGGCCACACCAGCCUCCUGAGCCAGAGCAGGGACCCAGCCCAGGGCUAGAUACCUUCUGCCAGGGCAGAGCUGAUGGGCUCUACCCCAACUCUGGAGACACCACUUACUACAGCUGUGCAUGGGGACAGCUGUUCCAGCAGAGCUGUCCCCCAGACCUGGUGUUUAGUGACUCUUGCAUGUGUUGUACCUGGAGCUGA